UGUAUGAAUCCAACAAAUGAUUAAUUACAAACUUCAGUAUAGAAUGCUAAUCAAAGUUCUUAAGAUACUAAUAUAUCAUUAGGCUCUAUGGUGGUUUAAGUAUAACCUUGUGGGAUUAUAGAUGAAAUUUGUGAUAUUAUUGAUUUAAAUAUAGUGAAAUGUGAUCAUUAAGGAUUAAAUAAAUAUGCUUGUUUAAACAUAAAGACUUAACCAUGUAUUUGGAUAAAAAAUAAUGAUUAAUAUUUUGAGCAUUGUGAAGAGAGAAUACCAGAAGGGUAUUGUGAAGAAUAAAAUGGAAAUGAGAAAUUAAAUGUGAGUGUAAAUGCUAUUUUAUGUAGUAUGGUAUAAGAAAAUGAUCCUUGUUCAUAUGAUUCUAGUAAAUAGAAGUGUAAAAAACCAGAUGAUAAUUUAACAUAUUGUGAUGUAGAAGGAAUUAAUGUUUAUGGAUGUGUAUAAAUAAAAAAUUGCUACUAUUAGAAUAAAAAAUGCUAAUUAUUUGAUCGAAAUUUAAAUUUAACAUGCAAAGAUGUUCAAUUUGCUAAUGAAUUAGUUUGUUCUUAAAUUAAAAAUGAUGGAUGUAAACAUAAUUUAUUAGAAUUUGGAUGUAUUCAAUCUUCUAUUUUAGAUUCCUGUUCUACUUCAGGAAUAAAUAUGAAUGGAUGUAAUUCAAAUGAAUAAUGUUAAUGGAUUAAUGAUAAAUGUUAAUGCAAAAUGUUUUUAGAUUUAUACAAAGAUUGCUCAGAACAUAUAGAUUAUCUAAAUUGUAUUAAUUCUGAUAAAUGUUAUUUUGAAUAAACUAUGUUUAUUGAAAAUUCAGGUAUUUGUAAAGAAAAGUAGUGUAAUGAUAAUAAUUUAUGCAAUUAUCAAUUAUAUAAAGGAAAGAUCUGUUAUUAAAAUUUUAAUGGAUAAUGUGUUGAAGCUACUUCAUGUGAUUAAAUUAAAGGUCCUUCAAUAAAUUGUUCUAUAUUUUCUUUUAAUGAUUUAUAAUGUGUAAGUGAUGGUAAUGAUGGUUGUAUUCAAUUUUAAAGUUGUGAAAAUUUAAGUAGAAUAUAAUGUAUCAAUUAUAGUGAUUAUUGUAUCUUACUCAAUUCAUGCAUUACAAAAUAAUGUCAUCAUAUUUCUGAUUAAUAUUAAUGUAUUAAUUUUGAUUGUGCUUGGAUCAAUAAAUAAUGUAUCAAUUAAAUUAAAUGUUCUGAAAUUUUAUAAGAAAAAGAAUGCAAUAACAAUUAAUAUUAAGGUGCAUAAUGUUCUUGGAAUUUAGUAAAAAAUGAUAAUAUUGAUACUUAAAUUUGUACUACAGAGGGUUGUAAUUUUCUCCAUAAAAAUAGUUCUUGUCAAGGUACUUAAAUUGGAUAGUCAGUUUGUCUAUAAACUAAAGAUUUAAUCUGUCUUUCAUGUGAAUAAAUUUCAGAUAUCUGUGAAUGUAUGGAAAAAGUUGAAUAUUGCACUUAUAAUAUUAAAAAAAAUAGAUGUAUUUCUUAACCAUGUUAAAACUUUAAUUAAUAGUCCUGCCCUAAAGAUCGAUGCUAUUUUUAUGAAAAACACUAAGUAUAAUAUAAUUAUAAAUUAUUAGAUUUGCAUUCCUUAAUGCUAAUUUCAAUAUUCUAAAACUUAGUGUUAAAAAUUAACUUUAUGUAUUUGGGAUGAGUAUCAAACACCUCCAUGCAUAGAUACAUAAUAUGUUUAAGAUGAAGUUCCAAAAAAAAUUAAAAUUGAUAAUUCAUUAGAUUCAAUACUAACCUUAAUUCCAUUUUUUUUAUUGCUAUGGCUUUGA